AUGUCACAAACUCAAGUUCAAACACGCCACAAACUCAAGUUCAAACAAGCCACAAACUCAAGUUCAAAAAACACACGAACUCAAGUUCAAAAACACCACAACCUCAAGUUCAAAAACAACACAAACUCAAGUACAAAACACCACAAACUCAAGUUCAAACACGACACAAACUCUAGUUCAAAAAACACCACAAACUCAAGUUCAAACACGCAACAAACUCAAGUUCAACAAACACACAAAAUCAAGUUCAACCAAUACCCAAUUCUCAAGUUUAACAAUUUCCACAACCUCAAGUUCAAAAACACCACAACCUCAAGUUCAAAAAACACCACAAACUGA